CAGAAACAACAUUCCCACAAUUAAGAAUAAAACUCUUCGUCCCACUUCUAAAUUGUAACCUAAAUUGUAAAAAAUACUGACUUUGUAAUUUUGAAACUUCUGAUUUUGAAAGUAGUGGACAUUUCCUCUAUAAUUGAGCCGAAAUUGUUUUAUUAUAAUGCAAAUUUCUGUUUCCUUUGCUUGACGCGACGCCAGAGUCCAUGGAAGUGGACGGUGCGGUGGUUGUCGAGAAAGUUGCCGGAAAGUCCGCCGUCACCAGAUGCUUUUCCAAGUACCCCCUCAAAUUCAUCAUUCCCAGAAAGGUCGGUCCCUCCAAAACGGAUUGCGUUUGGAUUUACACCCUCAAUUAUGGCGGCGGCAUUGUCUCUGGAGAUUCAAUUGCGUGCGAGUUGACCGUUAAAGAGGGCUCCACUGCAGUCCUAACCACUCAGGCUUCUACCAAGGUUUACAAGUCCAGGGGAGAAGAACUCUCUGAACAAUUAUUGGAGGCAAGGAUCGGUAGUGAUGCUCUUUUGGCUGUACUUCCAGAUCCAGUGACAUGCUUCGCCACCGCAAGGUAUGCACAGAAACAAGUCUUUAGAGUUGGUUCGGGCUCUAGUUUGGUUCUUGUUGAUUGGUUUACGAGUGGGCGCCAUGGAAGGGGAGAAAUUUGGGAGUUUGAUCUUUUCAAGAGCAGUAAUCAAAUAUUCCUAGAAGACGGCCAUCCAUUAUUUUUUGAUACGGUUCUUCUAGAGCGAGGAGGCAUCAACUCUAUUAUAGAACGGAUGCAUGGAUAUCAAGUCAUUGCAAUGGUUGUAAUUUUGGGGCCAAAGGUCAAGAACAUUCGAGACCAAGUUCGAGAAAAUGUGAAAAUGAUGAUGGGUGAACAAUUACACACACCUUUCACUUCUGCCCGUGGCGCCCAAAUGAAAAUGAACUCUGAUCAUUUGUGGACGAAACCUGAAAUCAUUGCUUCUUCUAGCGUUUUCGGCCCCAUGGGAAUUGGCACUGUUGUGAGAAUAGCUGCCAUGGAAACUGAAACAGUCUACAGGUUCCUUCAGCAACAGUUAGCUUCAAUGGAAACACUUCUUGGAGUGCCACCUUACAAAUGAGGAGAAGCGUACCCAAAACUUGAGGAUUGUGGUCGCGGACUUGAUUGAGGGUUUGGUGUGAAUAUUCCAAGUGUUUUUAUUAAUGAUCUUUAAACGCCGAGUCUUUUCUUUGUAAUAAGUGGAAUGUUGGUUGUGGAACUUAAAGGCCCUGUUUGGGGAAGGCAGAAGAAAAGGACUACGUUUGGGGAAGGAAUAAGGGAAGGAAAGGAAUAGGGAUUUAAUCCCUCCUUAAUCCUUCUCAAUCCCUCUCUUUCUUCCUAUCAA